AUGUCAACUGCAGCUGUGGCUCAUAGGAGAAAACGUCUUUCGGAGGGAUUGACGGUAACCCAGAAAGUUUUUGUAAGAUCAAGAAAUGGUGGAGCUUCAAAAAUUGUGAGAGAACAUUACUUGAGAAAAGAUAUUCCUUGCUUAUCAAGAGCUUGUAGGAUUUGCCCUAAUAUUAUUGUUCCAGAUGCCAAGAAUGAAUUGCCAAAAUUUAUUCUCUCCGAAAAUCCUUUAGCGUUGGCAAAUGGUCCUCAUUACGUAGUACUGGACACGAACGUUGUCCUACAGGCCAUUGAUCUUUUAGAGAACCCUGACUGCUUCUGUGACGUUAUUAUUCCGCAGAUUGUUUUGGAUGAAGUGAGAAAUAAAUCCUACCCAGUGUACGUUAGAUUAAGAACUCUUUGCAGGGAUAGUGAUGACAAGAAAAGAUUCAUAGUAUUCCACAACGAGUUUAGCGAAAACACUUUCGUCGAAAGACUACCAAAUGAGACGAUCAAUGAUAGAAACGAUAGAGCCAUUAGGAAAACAUGCCAGUGGUUCGCUGAACAUUUGAAGGAACAAAAUAUCAACAUAGUUCUGGUAUCAAAUGAUAGAUUGAAUAGAGAGGCAGCUUCAAAGGGGGACGAGAGGUUCACAACGAGGAGUUUGUAUGAAUACGUCGAACUGUUGCCAAAUGGUGAGGAUAUCAAGGAUUCUAUUCCAAAUUUCGAGUCAUCGGCUGACAACAUAAAGGACGUAGAUGCCAAGGUUGAAUUCUCUUUCCCAGAGUACUAUUCUACUGCUAGAAUUAUGGGUGGAUUGAAGAAUGGGGUUCUUUAUCAGGGAAAUAUUCAAAUCUCAGAGUAUAAUUUCUUAGAGGGUUCGAUCACUUUGCCUAGAUUCUCUAAGCCAGUUCUUGUUGUCGGACAAAAAAAUCUUAACAGAGCAUUCAACGGUGAUCAAGUUGUCGUUGAGUUGCUACCGCAAUCUGAAUGGAAGGCACCAUCUUCCAUUGCUUUAGAUUCAGAACAUUUUGAUGUCAAUGAUAAUGCCGAUGCCGAUGCAGACGCAGAAGACGCUGGCGUGGAAUCGUCCACCGGUUUGAUAUCUGACAAACAACGUAGAUUACUUACUCAGGACGCUAUUCUAGCUCAAAAGUCUAACAAAGUGCAACCAACGGCCCGGGUUGUUGCUAUUCCAAGAAGAUCCUGGAGACAAUACGUGGGUCAAAUCGCUCCAAAUUCUGUUGAUGCUAAGACUGGGGGAAGCCAGAAUGUUUUUGUCAUUUUAAUGGACAAAUGCUUGCCUAAAGUCAGAAUCCGUACCAGGCGUGCAAACGAUUUAUUGGGUAAGAGGAUUGUGAUAUCCCUUGAUUCCUGGCCUGCAACCCAUAAAUAUCCGCUUGGACAUUUCGUCAGAGAUCUGGGUGAAGUGGAAUCGGCUGAAGCCGAAACUGAAGCACUGCUGUUGGAGCACGAUGUGGAAUACAGACCCUUCUCCAAGAAAGUGCUAGAGUGCUUGCCAGCUGAAGGACACGACUGGAAGGCACCCGCUGACUUGAAUGACCCUGAAAUGAUCGCAAAAGACUCAUUACUACAAAAGAGGCGCGAUCUGAGAGAUAAAUUGAUUUGCAGUAUCGAUCCACCUGGUUGUGUUGAUAUUGAUGAUGCUCUACAUGCCAAGAGAUUAUCAAACGGUAAUUGGGAAGUUGGUGUACACAUUGCCGAUGUUACUCAUUUUGUCAAACCAAACACUGCUCUUGACGCUGAGGGUGCGUCAAGGGGUACUUCUGUUUAUCUAGUCGAUAAACGUAUUGAUAUGCUUCCAAUGUUACUCGGUACUGACUUGUGUUCAUUAAAGCCAUAUGUUGAAAGGUUUGCUUUCUCGGUUAUAUGGGAGUUAGAUGAUAAUGCAAACAUAGUAAAUGUGGAUUUUAUGAAGUCUGUCAUCAAGUCAAGAGAGGCCUUCUCUUACGAGCAGGCUCAACUUCGAAUUGAUGAUCCUAAUCAAAAGGACGAGCUUACGGAAGGUAUGAGAGCCUUGUUGCAACUAUCUAUCAAGUUAAAGCAGAAGAGAUUGGACGCAGGUGCUCUAAACUUGGCUUCGCCUGAAGUCAAAGUUCAUAUGGACAGUGAAACCUCAGAUCCGAAUGAGGUCGAAAUCAAGAAACUUCUGGCAACCAACUCUCUAGUCGAAGAGUUCAUGUUGUUGGCGAAUAUAUCUGUGGCAAGAAAGAUAUUCGAUGCUUUCCCCCAAACAGCAAUGCUAAGAAGGCACGCUGCCCCUCCAUCGACUAAUUUUGAGACUUUGAAUGAGAUGCUGCAGACCAGAAAGGGCCUGUCAAUCUCGAUCGAAUCCUCAAAAGCUCUUGCAGACUCGCUGGACCGUUGCAUUGAUCCUCAAGAUCCAUAUUUCAACACAUUGGUUCGUAUAAUGUCUACUCGAUGCAUGAUGGCAGCUCAGUAUUUCUACUCUGGCGCUUACUCCUAUGCCGAUUUCCGUCACUACGGUCUAGCGGUCGACAUUUACACGCAUUUCACCUCUCCAAUUAGACGUUACUGUGAUGUUGUCGCGCAUAGGCAACUGGCUGGGGCCAUUGGCUAUGAACCUUUAGAUCUAAUGCACAGAGAUAAGAACAAAAUGGACAUGAUUUGCCGAAAUAUCAAUAAAAAGCACAGAAAUGCUCAAUUUGCUGGUAGAGCCAGUAUUGAAUAUUACGUGGGGCAAGUCAUGAGAAACAACGAAACGGUAGAAGCUGGUUACGUGAUAAAGGUAUUGAACAACGGUAUUGUGGUACUGGUUCCUCGUUUCGGUGUUGAAGGUCUAAUAAGAUUAGAAAACUUGACCAAUGACGUUAACUCCUCUCAGUUCGACGAGGUUAAUUACAAACUAUCAUUCACGAGCAAGGCAGGCGAGAAAAAAGAAGUCUACGUUUUUGAUAAAGUGGAGGUUCAAUUGAGAUCUGUCUUGGAUCCAAUCACGAGCAAACGUAAGGCAGAACUACUGCUCGAGAAAUAG